AAACCUAGCAAUUGCAGGCAGGGACCGGAAUCGAGAGAUCGAGAGAGAGAUCGUGAUCCACUGAUCAGUCGCCAUGGGAAACACGGAGAAGCUGAUGAACCAGAUCAUGGAGCUUAAAUUCACUGCUAAGAGCUUGCAACGUCAAGCCCGUAAGUGCGAGAAAGAUGAGAAGGCAGAGAAGCUCAAGGUCAAGAAGGCAAUCGAGAAGGGUAACAUGGACGGAGCCCGAAUCUAUGCCGAGAACGCUAUUCGUAAGCGCAGCGAACAGAUGAAUUACCUCCGGUUAUCCUCUCGUCUCGAUGCCGUUGUUGCUCGGCUCGAUACCCAGGCUAAGAUGACCACUAUCAACAAGUCUAUGGCUAACAUCGUUAAAUCCCUUGAUUCUACCCUUGCCUCCGGGAACCUGCAGAAGAUGUCGGAGACCAUGGACCAGUUCGAGAAGCAGUUCGUUAAUAUGGAGGUUCAGGCUGAAUUCAUGGAGAGUUCAAUGGCUGGAAGCACAUCUCUCUCCACGCCUGAAGGUGAGGUCAACAGCCUCAUGCAGCAGGUCGCCGAUGAUUAUGGCUUGGAAGUCUCUGUUGGUCUGCCUCAGCCUGCAGCUCACGCUAUUCCGACCAAGUCUUCGGAGAAGGUGGAUGAGGGCGACCUUUCCAGACGCCUUGCUGACCUCAAGGCCAGGGGGUAGGAUCGUGAAAGUGAGUCAAUACUUGGCCUGGGUACUUGGGUGAGUUUUGUUGUGUUUGUUAUGCAAUAUUAGCGGAAUUGCGUAAUUCUUCUGUCAUAACAUCUGUAUAUAUUGAGUGGUUUACUGUUCUGUUCCCUUUUUCUUCUAAUGUAGACUCUCUUACUGGUGUAUACGGAUUAUGUGGUGUAUUUCACUGCAGAACAAAUUCGAAUAUGUUUAUGUGAAUCGUCUUUUGUUUUUUCUCAGCAUCCUUCUAAAAGGGGAAUGGCAGCUUC